AAAGUGACACCACUGGACACAUAGGAAGAAGUUAGAGGGAGUUUGAAGAGCCGUUCAGCGUUUCCACGUCUACACUUCCCCCUCUCAAUCAUAGCGUGUGAGAGUGUUUGAGAAAACUCUGCUGCAGCACAUCGCAGGAGAGGAUCAACCAGCCUUUUGCAAGAAAACAUAGACGGAAGAUGACACGGUUAAUGCUAAAUAUGAUUCUUCUAGCUUUCCUAGUGACUUUCGUAGCGUGCAAAGCGCCGCCUGUACCGUUAGAUGACAUCGUUAUAGAGAAGACUUCCACUCCGGAGCGCUGUGAGCGGGCGGUGAAAUCGGGAGAUUUCAUUCGUUAUCAUUACAUCGGCAUGUUCCCCGAUGGAAAGAAGUUUGACUCUAGUUAUGACCGUGGAACCACCUAUAAUGUGUUUGUUGGUCAGAAGAAGUUGAUUGCUGGGAUGGACAAAGCUUUAUUGGGCAUGUGUGUUAAUGCAAGAUGGAUGAUCAAAAUCCCUCCUCAUCUUGCCUACGGGAAGGAAGGUUAUGGUGACAUCAUCCCCCCAGAUUCCAUCCUUCACUUUGAUGUGUUAAUGUUAGACAUUUGGAACACAGAGGACAAGGUGCAGAUACAGACCUACUAUAAGCCAGGGAGCUGCGGGCGCACUGUGCAAGUGUCUGAUUAUGUUCGUUACCACUAUAAUGGCACUCUGCUUGAUGGCACGCUUUUCGACUCCAGUCACACACGCAUGCGCACAUAUGACACUUAUGUUGGGAUUGGCUGGCUCAUUGCGGGAAUGGACCAGGGGCUUUUGGGAAUGUGUGUGGGAGAAAAACGCAUAAUCACCAUGCCACCUGUCCUUGGCUAUGGAGAGAAUGGCGAUGGAAGUGACAUCCCUGGUCAAGCCUCUCUGGUCUUUGAUGUGGUUCUGCUGGACCUUCAUAACCCCAAAGAUGAAAUCAAUGUAGAGGUGCAAUACCUUCCAGAUCCCUGUCCACGCAAAAGCAAAGUUGGAGACUUCAUGCGUUACCAUUAUAAUGGAACCCUGCUGGACGGGACAUUCUUCGACUCCAGUUACUCGAGGAAUCGCACAUAUGACACAUACAUUGGUAAAGGGUAUGUGAUCGCGGGAAUGGACCAGGGGCUCCUAGAUGUGUGUACUGGAGAGCGCAGGAGGAUAACUAUCCCACCACACCUGGCAUAUGGAGAGGAGGGCACAGGAACUAAGAUCCCUGGCUCAGCUGUGCUGGUGUUUGAUGUCCACAUUAUUGAUUUCCACAACCCAUCUGACAAGAUUGAGAUCAGCAGUGUGAAGCCAGAGAAUUGCUCCUACAAUUCAAAACGUGGUGACUUUGUCAAAUACCACUACAACGCUACUCUCAAGGAUGGCACUCAUAUUGGCUCCACGCACACCUUUGGCAAAACAUAUAAUGUGGUUCUUGGAGCUGGACAAGUGGUCAUAGGCAUGGAAGAAGGGCUUUUGGGAAUGUGUGUUGGAGAGAAGCGCAAGCUAGUUAUUCCACCUCACCUUGGCUAUGGAGAGAUGGGAGUUGAUGGGGAGGUCCCUGGCAGUGCUGUGCUGGUUUUUGAUGUUGAGAUGAUGGAGCUGGAGGAGGGUCUUCCUGAGGGCUACAUGUUUGUGUGGAACAGUGAUGUCUCACCUGACCUUUUCAGUGAAAUGGACAAGAACAAAGACUCACAAGUGGACCCUAAUGAGUUUUCAGAUUACAUACUUCAGCAGGUGGAGGAGGGCAAAGGUCGUCUGGCACCAGGUUUUGAAGCUCAACGCAUCAUAGAGAACAUGUACGGUAACCAGGACCGCAACAAGGAUGGGCGAAUCACAGAGGAUGAGUUUAAACUCAAGGCAGAUGAAACAGCCACUCAUGAUGAGUUAUGAGGUCGGACUCUGGGAUGGAGGGUCGUGAUUGGUUCGGUGGUUGAUUAUUAUAAUAAGUGGGAGGGGGGAAAUGAUGUUGAAUUUGCCAGUGAUGUGUCACUCAGUGCUGUUGAUGUUAACUUUUGAUGUUUGAGAGAAGUGUGGAUGUAUGGGUGUGCUUGAUUUUGUUUAUAUGUGAUUUUUUUUUGUACAUGUCUGAGUGUUUGAAAGAAUCUGGAUUGAUACAAAUGUGCAAAAUGUUACUUUGUAAAAAAUAUCCCUUAUAAUAAACACAUUCCAACCCCUAA